GAAGUAGUUACUUGAGAAUUUGACAUGAAAACUGAGUAAAAUAAAAUGAAAUAAUUAGACAGAUCAAUGCCUCAAUGGCAUGAAAGAGAAUACAAGUAAACAAUCUGGGCACGUUUACAUGCAUCCUCGCACCAUAAAACUAGGCCAAUGUGCAAAAGUGAUGGUCCAAUUGGCAGACUAGCAACCUGAGUAGGGCAAGCUCGUAAUCCUUCCACUGAAACCAGCCUCGCCCUCACGCAGUCCCCUCCGCUUUAGGGCCCAUGAAGACUGAGCCUUGGCUAAAAUCCACAUGAGCCAACUCCCAAGUUGGAGAGGGCGGGCUGAGAACAUGUCCCAUCACAUUGUUGCCACUACGUAGGUUACAAGCUCACGUUACUGAACUCAGCAAGCCAUUAUAACAUUUACUCAAAUAUAAACAAAUGAGAAUUCAAAGUAUUUUUCAUGCGGGACUUCCCUAACUCUCACUCUAUCUUAUUUUCAUGGGUUUAGAACUUUAAAUAGGCUUGGUGCUUUAGCAUAAAAUUAGUAAAUGAUUCUCUAGACUUAGCUUCUCUAGUGGGACUGGGAGGAAAUAUUAACAUACAUUUAUAUUGCAGGGCCAUCUGUAAUUUUCAAGAACAAAUAUGUAUUAACAUUCUAACAUGGUAACAUGUAUGUUUUAUAAGCAAGGACCAUUCAUCAUCUAUUGUGACGGUCAUCAAUUCCACCAUAUCUCAUAUGCAGGGCCAUCACGUAUGUGGGCAACUGAAUUCAUGCUGGUGAAAGCAGUGUUUUGAAAAUCAGAGGAUUUGGAUAAAACCGCACAUUAAAACCUCCACCCACAAAACGCUUCAAUUCAUCUGGUCAAACCGCUAUCCUCACCUAACCAAACAAGACCAUUAAUUUUCAAAGAUAUGUAUGGAAAAACAUGAAAAGGAAACUGCUAGAUUUAUUAGGAAGGAAGGAAGAAGCAUAUAUUUGGAGAAGUGCUACUAAAUUACGGAGUAGUUUGAGUGUGUAUUUUUUGCAAUAGAAGAAAAGUGAAUAUGUCAAACUCUAGUAGCAGUUGCAGAAAUAAACGAUGGUCUCUUACUGGCAUGACUGCUCUUGUUACUGGGGGCACUAAAGGAAUCGGACACGCAGUUGUGGAAGAACUAGCAGGAUUAGGUGCAAGGGUUCAUACAUGUGCUAGGAACGAGACUGAGCUCGAAGCUUGCAAAAGCAAUUGGGAGACUAAAGGCUUUCAAGUGAGUUGUUCUGUUUGUGAUGUAAAAUCGCAAAGCCAGAUAGAAAAGCUGAUGGAAACCGUCUCCUUCCAGUUCAACGGCAAACUCAAUAUCCUGGUGAACAAUGUAGGGACUUGCGUAUGGAAGCCAACAACAGAGUACACAGGUGAAGAUUAUGCAAGUAUAAUGUGCACCAACCUUGAAUCAGCAUACAAUUUAUGCCAACUUGGCCACCCUCUUCUCAAGGCAUCUGGUUUUGGCAGUAUCAUCUUCAUGUCUUCCGUUGCUGGCGUUGUAGCUGUUGAUGUUGGAUCAAUUUAUGGCAUAACAAAGGGAGCAAUGAACCAAGUAGCAAAGAACUUGGCGUGUGAAUGGGCAAAGGAUAAUAUUAGGACCAACUCUGUUGCACCAUGGUUCAUCCGUACCCCUCUUACUCAAGUGGGACUUAGUAACAAAGAAUUUCGGAGAACUCCCCUUGGAAGGACAGGGGAGAUGGAGGAGGUGUCCGCAUUGGUGGGGUUUUUAUGCAUGCCUGCGGCUUCAUACAUUACUGGUCAGACCAUUUGUGUUGAUGGAGGUUUUACCAUCAAUGGCUUCAACCCCCCAACCAUCUCAUUUUGUAACUGACCUACUAAUAUAGGAGAGUCUGGGACUGGUCUUUAUUGGAGUUUGAUGCGCAUAAUUUUAUUUUUUAGGAAUGUUAUCAAAAUGUUUGAUAAACAAGGCCUAGCUAGGCAUAUUAGACAUACUCCAAACCACACAAUCAGGCAAUCAGCUAGGACUAGGAGAGCCCAAGCCUGAUGCUCAAGUCAUGCAGUAGAACGUACUUUCAAUCAACAAACUUAUUCCAAAAAUACAAGUCACCAAAACUUGAUGUUCAACAGAUAAUUGGGGGUUUGAAAUUUCAAUUCUCUCAAAUGUUCUAAUAUGCCAAGUUUGUUGUGUGUGUACUCUACAUGUAUGUUUCUUAGACCAGCCUUCAAAACAAAUGUCUAUAAAUUCAUGUACACCAUAUGCAAGUAAUGCAACCAAAUUAAGGUCUGUAUAGUUUAAUAGGCUUAGCUUAAUACUAUUAGUAACCUAAUUAGCAUGUCUCUUAUGUACAUUCCAAUGUAUGGUACUUCUAGCUAGCUAUACCCAAAUGAUGAACAAUGUUUUUUUUACCCCGAGAAGACAAGAAAAAGUCAGUGCUUUUUAAUUUUUACUCACUUGGCAUUAUAUCCAACAUGUAUUACAGAGUAAUUAAUACGGAGUAUACAAAUUACACGAUAGUAGAUUAACUAACAUGUGUGAAUGAACAUGCCACCUUCUAGAGUCUAGAGAUACACAAAGAUGUUUUACAUAUCUAUAACAUACACAUUUCUUUAUUGCUUUUUUAAGGGAAAACUUAAUUGAUAAUCAAUAUAUUUAUCUAUUUUGAUGUAAAUUGCAGUAAUUAUAAAAUAGGAAUAAAUAUUUACAGUAAAAUUGUCAGCUAGAAUAAGAUUUAGUGUGUUUGAAGUUUGAACUAUAGUCUAUAUAUGUUGGGCUCGUUCUCCCCUAACAAAAAAGUUAUCUCCACUGUAGGAAACGGCCACCUCUUAGAGGUACGCAAAGGUAUGUAAAGAUCUGUGUGUUGGUACAUUUAGUAACAGAGUAAGACAUGUGCUAGCGACUACCUUAUAAAGAUACGCAAAGGAUCUGAUCGACUGAGAUAUAAUGUGUCGGCGUACACAGAGAUGGUUACACCGUAGACUGGGACAGUGACACCAAAUAGCGGCUGAAACUCGAAAUUAGCUACGGAGUACUCCAGUGUGUAUUUUAAUUUAAGGAAAUGGCGGCACCUCAUCAAAAACAGAGAUGACAAUUAAUUUAAUUAAUUAAAAAAAUUAAAGUGAUCUGUUUUCCCA